UGUGUAGAGUAGAAAACGGACUGUCGCUGGAGAGCAAAGAAGAGGAGAGAGAGGGGGAAAAAGCAGUGAAAUGGUGUAAAAGCUGAGCAAGUCCAAGCCGAGUCAGGGGACAAACGAGGAGGGACGACGCCGGAGGAUUAUUGCUCUUUGUAUAAUUAUUAAUAAAGUCAGUAAACUCCCGCUUUUUGAUGCUUUCCUCACGGAGGUUUGAGCCAAUAACGGACUUAUUGGUCGGCUGAACCAUGCAGAGGCUGCUGCUCCUGAGUUUGGUGUUGAGUUUUCAAACUGUGUGGACAGCGAGGUUCUCUCAGGAGCCAGCAGACCAGUCGGUGGUGCGGGGCCAGAGGGUGAUCCUGUCCUGUGUUGUCUUCAACUACUCAGGCAUUGUUCAGUGGACCAAAGAUGGCUUGGCUCUGGGCAUCGGAGAGGACCUCCAGGCCUGGCCCAGGUACCGCGUGCUGCGUGUGCAGGAGUUGGGCCAGUACAACCUGGAGAUCCUGUCAGCCGAUCUGUCUGAUGACUCCCUUUACGAGUGCCAGGCCCCUGAUGCUGCCCUGAGGUCCAGGAGGGCCAAACUCACCGUCCUCAUCCCCCCAGACAACCCGGUGAUCGAUGGGGGUCCGGAGGUGUUGCUGAAUGCGGGGGAGUCCUACAACCUGAGUUGUGUGUCUCGAGGGGCCAAACCGCCUUCUAUGAUUGAGUGGCUUAAAGAUGGUCUGCCUGUGGAGGGGGCUGCCAGUACCACUGAGGUGCUUGCAGACAGGAAGAGGGUGACCACGCGGAGCUACCUGCCCAUCCAGCCCGUCGACACCGACACUGGGAGGAACUACAGCUGUGUGGCCACCAACCUGGCUGUUCCCACCGGCAAAAGCACAACUGUCUCCCUCAACGUACACCAUUCACCGACAGUGACCUUGUCCAUUGAGCCUCGCUCUGUCCUGGAGGGGGACAGGGUCACUUUCACCUGCCAGGCUCACGCCAACCCUCCUAUUAUGGGCUACAGUUGGGCUAAGGGGGGCGUGGUGCUGCAGGGUGCCAGGGAGAGUGUGUUCACCACCAAGGCCGACCACUCCUUCUUCACCGAGCCUGUCUCCUGUCUGGUUUUCAACGCCGUGGGAAAGACCAACGUCAGCAUCCUGGUGGACGUUCACUUCGGUCCCAUUCUGUUGGUGGAGCCGCAGCCAAAGACGGUAGACGUCGACUCUGAUGUCACGCUCAACUGCAAAUGGGCCGGAAACCCUCCGCUCACACUCACCUGGUUCAAGAAGGGUUCAAACAUGGUUCUGAGCAACAGCAACCAGCUGUAUCUGAAGUCGGUGAGCCAAGCGGAUGCCGGACAGUAUGUAUGUAAAGCCAUCGUCCCACGGAUUGGAGUAGGAGAGACUGAAGUCACGCUCACUGUCAACGGUCCCCCCAUCAUCUCCAGUGAUCCAGUCCAGUAUGCGGUGAAAGGGGAGAGAGGAGAGGUGAAAUGCUACAUAGCCAGUACACCUCCUCCUGAUAAGAUUGUGUGGGCGUGGAAGGAGAACGUGUGGGAGAAGGAGAAGGGGACGCUGCUGGAGCGCUACACGGUGGAGCAGAGCAAACCGUCAGCUGAGGGCGGCGGCGUCCUCUCCACCCUCACCAUCAACAACGUGAUGGAGUCGGACUUCCUGUCCACCUACAACUGCACGGCCUGGAACUCGUUCGGCCCGGGAACCAUGAUCAUCUCGUUGGAGGAGACUGAGGAAGUCCCAGUGGGGAUAAUAGCUGGUGGGACGGUGGGCUCCACCAUCCUCCUAUUCAUCUUUCUGCUGGUCCUCGUUCUGAUCUUCUACCGGCAACGCAAAGGCAGUCGGCGCGGGGUCACGCUGGGUAAGCCCGACAUCAAGGUGGAGACCAUAAACAAGGAGACCCACAGCUUGGAGGAGGACUCCGGCAGCGUGUCCACGGCCUCGCGCAUGGUCAAGGCCAUGUACUCGUUUCUCCCCUCUGUGUCCUUCUCUCCUUCCAAUCAGCCCUUUAAAGAUGACAUAGAGCUCAAGUCUGAUCUCCGCAGCGACACCCUGGACACGCGCCAGGAGUACGACCUCAAGGACCCCACCAAUGGCUACUACAACGUGCGAGCCUCCACCCACGAUGAAGGCCGCCCUGCCUCCCGCUCCACCUUGCACUACUCUGACUACCGCUCCCCUGCAGGAACACCAGGGGGAGCUGCUUCUAUCAGCAGCAGUGCCGGAGGCUCCGGAGCCACGGCCAGCGGAGGAGCCCCUUGUCCCCCUGGCCCCCUCACCUCCCCUGGCCGCCCCCAGGCCUGCUAUGACCCCCGGCCCCCGUCCAGACUGUCCCACAUCAGCUACGCCCAGUUCAACACCUUCACCCGUGCAGGCCAAAGCCAGCAGCCUCCGCCUAACCCCGCACCCAUGGCCAGCGACUUCCAAGGAGACUGCAGCCUCCUGGACUCCACUUCCCAGCUGGCCUACGACAACUAUGGGUACCCCUCGCAUUACCAGACCUACCGCCUGGGUUUUGCCCCAUCAAGUCUGGCCCCGCUGGAGGCCUGUCCAUCCUAUGAAAUGUACGGGGUGGGAUCUGGGGUGGGACCCGGGGUGGGACCUGGGGUGGGACCCGGGGUGGGAUCCGGGGUCGGGGGCCCUGGGGUCGGCGUGGGUCCCGGGGGUCCUGCUCCCUCGGGAUCAGAGACUGGACUUGGGAAAUACGGCAGCUCCACUCGCUUCUCCUACACCUCGCAACACUCUGACUACUCCCACAGCCGACACACACAGAGGAUGCAGACUCACGUUUGAGACAGAGAGACGCAUAACCACCUCACAGUCUUAGCAGAGCAUGAGGAAGCAUCUUAUAAAUAGUGUCACAUCGGAAAAAAAAAAAAACACACACACACACACACAAUCAUAGACUUACACGCACACAUUUUCACACAGUACCACAAACACAGACUACAGAACUACAGAA